CUCUCUCUCUCUCUCUAUCAUGGAGUCACAGACAUCAUCACUAAUUCCUCAGAUAGACCGUUCAAAGGUCCUUUCCACAGCCAUGAACAACCCCAUCACCUUCAUUCUAGGGCAACUUCACAGCCCAUCCAAGCUCCUAGAGGUCUUCACGUUCCCCAUCCCUGUUUCAUUUCCUUUCCGUCGCUCUCUGAUCUCCACAGCUGAGCUGCUCGCGCUCGUCGGCCUGAUCGUCGCCGGGAGUGUUGCGGGUGUGACUAUCCUUUGGGUGUUGAUCAUCGCGUCAAGCCCCAUAUGGUUGCCGGCCGCCGUGGCUCUGUCGGUUUUGGCUGUGGGUUUGUUUGCCGUUUGCGGAUUUGGGGCUGUCGUCGCCGUCGCCAUGGCGUGGCUUCUGGGACGCUACUUCCCCUCGCGCACGCCGCGUGCUUCGGCACCGGAGACUCCAUUGAAGAAGAACAAGUCAACCAAGGGAUGAAGACUGAAGAGUGUUGAGAGUUUUUUUUUUUUUUUUAAAUAUUUUUGUCCAGCCCUUAAAAAAGUCGGUCUGCUUAAGUUUUUGCUUGUAUAAAUAAUAAAAUUAAAUUAAAAAAUAUUUUAUUAGUA